CAUCUAUCUGUCUUCUACAUCUCCUUUUCCUCCUAUACAACUCCUCACAUCAACCAUCUCCCCCUUACCAGUAUCAUCGAUACUUCCACAUCCUUCACAAUGGCCAGCCCACAGCAAAUCCGAACCGUCACCACCGAUCUCUUGAAGAUCAACCAUCCAGUUCUGCUGGCUGGUAUGAACGUGGCUGCCGGUCCCAAGCUCGCUGCCGCUGUCACCAAUGCCGGUGGUCUGGGGGUUAUUGGAGGUGUCGGCUACACCCCCGACAUGCUGCGGGAGCAGAUUGCCGAGUUGAAGGGAUUCUUGAAUGACAAGAACGCUCCGUUCGGUGUGGAUUUGUUGUUGCCGCAGGUUGGUGGCAAUGCCAGGAAGACGAACUACGACUACACCAAGGGCAAGCUUGACGAACUCAUCGACAUCACCAUUGAAUCCGGCGCCAGACUCUUCGUCUCCGCCGUCGGUGUCCCCCCCAAGCACGUCGUCGAGAAGCUCCACAAGGCCGGAAUCCUCUACAUGAACAUGAUCGGUCACCCCAAGCACGUCAAGAAGUGCCUCGAGCUCGGCGUCGACCUCAUCUGCGCCCAGGGUGGUGAGGGUGGCGGCCACACCGGCGACGUCCCCACCACCGUCCUCAUCCCCACCGUUGCGGAGCUUGUCAAGGGCCAUAAAUCCCCCAUGACCGGCCAGCCCGUGCAGAUCAUCGCCGCCGGUGGGAUCUUCAGCGGACAGUCGGUCGCGGCUGCGUUGAUGUUGGGCGCCAGCGCUGUCUGGGUUGGCACGCGGUUUAUCCUUGCCGACGAGGCGGGUGCACCGAAAGCUCACCAGGAGGCCGUCCGAACUUCCGGGUUCGACGAUAACAUUCGCACCAUUAUCUUCACCGGCCGACCUCUCCGCGUCCGCAACAACCCCUACAUCUCCAACUGGGAGGAGAACCGCGCUGCCGAGAUCAAGACGCUCACCCAGAGCGGCAAGAUCCCGGUCGAGUACGACAUGGAGACGAUGGGCGACGACAUCGACGACGACACGCUGGACAACGUCCGUCCGUUCCUGAUGGGCAAGGCGGCCGCCGUCGUCAACGACAAGAAGCCGGCCAAGAUCAUUGUGGACGAGCUGGUCAAGGACGCCGUUGUCUGGAUGAACAAGGGCAACGCGUACAUCGUGGGCAAGGGGAAGUUGUAGAUUUGAGCGUUGGUAUUUGUUAGCGAUGUGAUGGUCCGUUAGUGACGAGCCUGGGUUCGGGGGCAUGAUUGAUGGGCGAUUUCCUCGAGCGUCAGUUGUAUGAUCAUAUUGAUGAUGAUUGGAGGUGGAAUAUUCCAGGGGUUGGGUCGUAUAGGAUUAGCGGCUUCCUAUCUUUGCCAAAUGUGAGGAAUAAUAGUAAGGCCUCGAAGAGAGAUAUUCUCUCUACUCCGGACUCUUAGCCUUUGUUGAGUUGACUGGAAAAGCGUAUUUGUCAUGAAUUUAACCUCUGGCUGGAGGGUUUGAGAACAUGACAUUGACGUUGGAUUUUUGUGUGAAUUGUGUAUGAUGCUUAAAACAGCCAGGGGGAGCAACGUACAAGCAUGUUAGCAAAGAAUACGAUAGUUUUGGAUACAUAGCUAGUCUGAACAGUAGUUACUGGUAUCGUGUAAUCCCCAAC